AUGUUGCGCCCGAUCGUACCGCCCGAUCUCCUCCGCGACGCGGCCGAUGGCAGCGGCCGCGGCGAGGAAGACGCGGUGACGGACCGCCGCCCGAAGCCGGUGGUGCCGCUGCUGCUCGUGUCCGCCGGCGGCCGCGUCCACGAGAUCCAGACCUUCGGGCACUACGUCGCGACGCAAAUCGGGUUCGAAGAUCUGAACGAGUGCCCGCACCUGUGCACGCUGUCGUACGAUUACCUGAAGAAGACCGAGGGCUACGAGCAGAACCUGCUCGCCUUCUUCCACAACAAGAUGAACCCGGACGCCCUGCUCGUGCGCCUCAUCGAGGAGCUCGACAAGUGCAUUCUCGGCUACUUCUCCUUCCAUUGGAAAUUUGCAACCCACAUAAUCACGCAGGUUCUGACCCACGAGCAGCCUAGAAGAAAACUCAGAAGAAUGGUAAUGGAGGCUACCAGGAAGAUGAGGUUCGAGAGGGUGACGCGGGAGCUGAAGGUGACGAGGCUGUUCAGCACGCUGGUGGAGGAGCUGAGGGCCAUCGGGAUAAGCUGCCACCACCACGACAACCGGCCGGGCACGGACGUGAUGGUCCCCGCCGCGCACAGCGACCGCAGCCCGGUGCUGCUCCUGAUGGGCGGCGGCAUGGGCGCCGGCAAGAGCACCGUGCUCAAGCAGAUCAUGAAGGAGGUGUUCUGGACUGACGCGAGGGCGAACGCCGUGCUCGUGGAGGCCGACGCGUUCAAGGAGUCGGACGUGAUCUACCAAGCCAUCAGCUCGCGAGGUCAUCACAACGACAUGCUGCAAACCGCCGAGCUGGUGCACCAGUCGUCGACGGACGCGGCGGCGUCGCUGCUGGUGACGGCGCUGAACGAGGGGCGGGACGUGAUCAUGGACGGCACCAUGUCGUGGGAGCCCUUCGUGAUGCAGACCAUCGCCAUGGCGCGGUCCGUGCACCGGCAGCGGUACCGCAUGGGCGUCGGCUACAAGGUCGCCGCCGACGGGACGACGACCGAGAAGUACUGGGAGCCCGUCGAGGAGGAUGACGACGCCGACGGAGAGCGGCGGCGGCAGCAGGGAGCGCCCAGGGCGAGGAAGCCGUACCGCAUCGAGAUCGUCGGCAUCAUCUGCGACGCCUACCUCGCCGUCGCCAGGGGCAUCAGGCGAGCUAUCAUCUCCGGGAGAGCCGUGCGGGUGAACUCGCAGCUCAAGUCCCACAAGCGCUUCGCCGGCGCGUUCCGCAAGUACUGCGACCUCGUCGACAACGCCAGGCUCUACAGCACCAACACCAUCGCCGGCGCCAAGCUGAUCGGUUGGAAGGACAAGGACAGCCGGCUGUUGGUGGACGUGGACGAGAUCGGGCUGCUGGACCGGGUGAGCCGGAUCAACGAGGAGGCCAACUGCGUGCACGAGCUGUACCCGGACGGGCACCCGACGGGCGGCGCGGGGUCGGUGUGGGAGGACCUGGUGGCGUCGCCGGUCAGGGCCUCCAUACAGCGGGAGCUCAAGGAGGCCAUCCUCGACAGCGAGGCCUGCUUCCCGUCCCCGUAGUCGCGGGCGGGGCGGGUGCUCCUGCAAAGGCAGAUUCGCCUAAUUCCCCCCGUAGGUUCUGCUUUGCUGGACUAGUCGUGUAAUUAAGCUGCUAGUUAAUCUCUUUUGUA